AUGACGUCACCUAGUCGCUGCUUUGUCAUCUCCUUUUUCCAUUAUUCACCAUGCCCUCAGUCCCCAAACGCCCUCCUUCAUCCCUCCUUUCAGUGGAUUAAGGAGGCGGACGAAGCCGUUAAGGUGGCUAAACAGAAGGCGGAAAACGUAUAUGAGCAGUUGGAUCAUACUGAUAAUAAUGGUGAUCCAAAGACUCCGAUUGGUCAGGGGGUUAAGCAAAUUAAUGACGCCAAGGAUAAAGUUUUUCAAGUUGAUGAACAGCUUCAAACUGUUCACGACGAUUUAGGUGGGUGGAAAUCUGCGGCAAACAGUGUUCUUGGCCUUGCGGUUGAGAAGGCAAGAGACGUACAUAGGAAGUUGGAUCCUAAUCAACAAGGUGGCGAGAUUAUCAUUGGUACAAAAAUUGGUGCGAUCAAAACAUCUAACGAGGCCAUUAGAAAAGCAAAUGAGGACCUUAAAAAACAUGUUGAGAGUCUCCAUUCUUGGAUCGACACCGCGGAGCAAAUCCGUCAGGCUGCCGAGACUAAGGCCAAGGAAGCCUACGACAAGUUGAAGGUUAAUGAGACUCUAGAUGAGAAUGUUAAAAAGAUUGUGGAGGCUAAGGAAGAAAUUGAAAAAGUUCAUAAUAAUCUGAAAAGUGUUGAUAACAGUUUGGGAGAGUGGAAGCAGCAGGCCGGGGAUGUGCUUCAAGGGGCGAUUGGGAAGGCCAAGGAGGUUCAUGAUGCAUUGGAAGAUGAGAAAAGUAAGGAUGGCAUUGGCAAAAGUAUUGAAGUAAUUAAUACAUCAAGCGAGUCAAUUAAAAAGGCAAAUAUAACUCUUGGUGCCGAGGUUGGGAAUUUGCAGAGUUGGAGGACUGCGGCCGGGAGUGUUAUUGACAAGGCUAACGGGAAGUGUGAGGAGAUACUUAAGAAAGUUAAAACAGACGGUGACGGCAAGAUUUUUACAGAAGCUGAAAAGUUAAAAACUGAGGGUACAAGACUUUUGAAGGCUGCGACUGCGGCAAAAAAGGCUGUUGAGCAGAAUGUCACCGCGGCCUUGCAGGCUGUUGUGAAGAUGGACGAAAGUCUCAAGAAGGAUUUGAAGGGAGUGAAAGAUAAGAUUAAAUUGGGGAUUGCGGAAGUGAUUAAGAAGUUGGAAGUUGAGAAAUUGGGCGACAAAGUGAAGAUUGAUUUGGAGAGUUUGAGGGAUAAGAUUGAGAAACUUAACAACGGUGAUGAGCUUGUUACAGAUAAUUUAGCGGCACUAGCAGAAACGAAGAAAUCUACGUUGGAUGAGAAGGCUGAGGCGAUAAAGACGUCGGAAAGUCAACUUGAAGGUAAGUUUACGAAGUUUAUCCAACAGCCGCUUAACAGUAAAGUCGAAGAAGUCUACACAGCGAUUGGGACGCUUGGCGGGAGGUUUGGUCUCGACGAAGAUGAUAAAAAGAAACUUGAAAAGAUUUUCGGGAAUAUUCAUAGUAAGGUUGCGGAGAUUAAGGGGACGGCGGGGAAAAGUUGGACUAAUGAAGGUGGCAAAGGUCUGGAUGGGAUUAACUCCAAGGUGCAGCAUUAUUUCAAUGCGUUCAACGCGCAGUGGCCGUUUGGCCAAAUAGUCACCGGUUGGAUCGAUGACAUUCUGCAGCACAACGGCCUGGUUAAAGGCUGCUUGGGUGGCAGGAUAAGGGGGCGCACACGCUUGAGGAGGAGCUGA